CAGGCUAAAGUAAAAGCCAAGGAUUUAAGAAAUAAGAAGAAAGAUGAGUUGUUGAAGCAGUUGGAUGAACUCAAAACUGAGUUGUCCCAGUUACGAGUUGCAAAAGUGACAGGAGGGGCUGCUUCUAAAUUGUCAAAAAUACGAACAGUCAGAAAAUCGAUUGCCAGAGUUUUGACAGUUAUUCAUCAAACACAGAAAGAAAAUUUAAGGAAGUUCUAUGCCAAGAAGAAGCGAAAGCCCAAGGAUUUGCGUAAAAAAUUGACGAGAGCAAUGAGAAGGGCUCUAACCCCUCAUGAAUUGGGCAUCCAGACAGCCAAAGAACUUCACAAAAAACUGGCCUACCCCCAGAGAGUUUAUGCCAUCAAGGCUUAA